AUGCAAAGUGACACCAGUAUCCACCGAAGUGGGCCUCCAGAGGCCAAUCCGCAUGGCCGCAAACGUAGCGCUGGAUCGCAGAUUUUGUCAUUGGGCAGAAUCAAUUCGCCAUAUAGUUCUAAACCCAGCGUAUCUGGAGCAAACACGGAGAUACUCGAAGGAAUGGAAUCAAGACCUGCCAACUGGGAAAGUAGAAUAUCACGAUCCAUGGGAAGUAUCCUUGAUAAUAUUGGAGGUGGCAACGGCAGUGGUAGCAAAGACAAGAAUCUUGACAAGCAGCAUGACUUUCAAAUGCGGCUCAACCGCACACCCGUCAUUCUUGAAAAUGAUUUUGGGCCCAUCUCGUCAAUAUCAAUUGGAAUAUCCAAUGAAAGCUUGCAAAAACCAUUACAAGUAGACCCUCUUUCUUCAUCAUAUCGAAACAUGAAUCCACGUAGCCACUAUAUGGCUUAUUCACCAUCGUCAAACUACGUAUCCCCAAUUGUACGGUCACGGUCUGGAUUUGCACUGCAUAUGUUGUCCAUGCAAACAAUUACUGAAAAGGAAAAGGAGAUUUUGCCAGGUGCAUCACUACCUCUUCGACCUCUUGCUACAUCUAUGCCAUCACAUCGAUCUGUCUCGGCAACUCCAGAACGGCACACGAGUAGUUUUAUUGAGCAUGAUACUGCAUUAUAUGCCAAAGCUGAAAUGUCUAAAUCCGUCAAUCAGUUGUAUUUGCUACAAAAAAGUAAUGAUAGUAUUGGGGUUCCAGAAGAAGACGGAUUUUUCAAAGAUAUUGACUCAAAGGGGUUUUCUGGAAUAUGGAAUCACGCAGUUACACGGUAA